GGCAGUCUGUGCGGAAGUUCUUUCAUCCUGCAGGAGGAGAAGAAGAGGCUUCUCCUUCGUCUCAACUUUGCGCCUGAAGACAACAAACCUCCGGAGAGGAAACUUCCUGACCCCCGGGAACAUCCACACACCCGCCGCCGACAGCAGCAGCUCCUCCGCUGGUCCCCGGUACCUACGGGCGAUGGCGAGGCCGAGCCACAGCGAUCACGUCCUCCAGCAGCUCAACAACCAGCGGGAGUGGGGCUUCCUGUGCGACUGCCUCAUCGCCAUUGGCGACAUCUACUUCAGGGCGCACAAGGCCGUCCUGGCGGCCUGCAGCUCCUACUUCAGGAUGAUGUUCAUCCGGGACCAGCAGGGGGCGGGCCGCCUGGACCUGAGCAACAUGCAGAUCAGCGCAGAGUGCUUCGACCUGAUCCUGCAGCUCAUGUACCUCGGACGCAUCGUUGUGGGGAGCUACGAGUUUGAAGAACUCAAGGCCUCCAUGGCGUACCUGCAGAUGUACUACAUCCCAGACUCGCUGGAGGAUCUCAGGGACAUCAGGAGCUCCAACCUCACCCCGUCCUCCUCAGCCUCUUCCUCCUCAUCCAGUUCCUCCACCGGCCCCGCCGGCAGCAAAAUGAUGUUUGGAGUCCGCAUGUACGAGCAGCAGAAGCCUACGGCGCCAGAAGCAGAGCGCCUACCAAAAACUGUCAGCAGCACCGCUGGGCGUCCAGCUGUUCCAGCAACCAUCAGCAGACCAGUGGUGGUGGAGGAGGUGGUGAAUGCUCCUCUGAUGGUGGCACCACCGUUGGUGGACGGAGGAGCGGAGCAGCCCUGUGAUUUGAGAAAGAGGUCCAGUGGCAGGAGUUCGACUCUCAAGGACCGUCCUCGUUUUGGCCGCACCUACACCUGCGACGACUGCGGCUUCGUCUUUAGCUGCGAAAAACUUUUAAUCGAACACAUCCUGACCUGCACCAACCGGAAGGCCUUUCAUCAGCCGAGAGGUAACGUCGAAGGCGACAAUGACUCCAGCAAAGCUGAGAGCUCCGCCUCUGAGAGCGUAGAAGAACACAGGGUCAUCUGCAAAGGUGAGGACGACUGGCCCGAGGCCAAGGUCGACUCUGACCUCACCAUCAGGUCGGUGGCAGCUGGGACAGACGGCGAGCCUGGCUCCACCAGAAGCAUCUCUAUCAAGACAGAACCAGAAGAAGGCAUGUUCCCUGAGAUUGAGGUUGUCCGGGUCGGCGAGCAUGCCAACAGAAACUGUAGCACGCUGUUAAGUGAUGCCACACGCAAAGACUUGAGGAGGGAGAAAACUGGAUCAGACCGCGAACCAGAGCCCGGUGUCUCAGGUAUGGAUAACAGCAGCGAGCCUUUUGAGGGUCACAUGUCCAGCAGCGUAGAUUCAGGGCACCCUGCGAAGCUUCGCAAGGUCAAAGAUGAGAAGCCAGACGCCGACUGUGCCCCCUGUGAACUUUGUGGUGCUCUGUUAACAGAGGAGGACAAGUCGGCCCACUAUUUGUCCAACCACAUGGGCCAUAUAUGUGCCUGUGGGAGGUGUGGCCAGGUGCUGAUCAAAGGUCGGCAGCUUCAGGAGCACGCAGAGCGCUGCGGUGAAUCCCAAGGCGGCGAGUCGGACUCCCACGGGGAGGACGAGGCGUCCCUGCUGGAGGAGCCGCAGGGGAUGGAGGAGGGCCUGCUGGAGGCGGCCGACCUGGCCUGCUCUCACUGCGGUCUGCUGUUCCAGAACGAGAGCCUGGCACUGGAGCAUGCCUUGUCCUGCCAUGACCAGGAGCUGUUCCGCCCGGUGCUCUUAGAGGAGGGCGGUGAACCGGAUCACCGCCGCAAACACUUCUGCAGCAUCUGUGGCAAAGGCUUCUAUCAGCGCUGCCACCUGCGGGAACACUACACCGUCCACACCAAGGAGAAGCAGUUCACCUGCCAGACCUGCGGGAAGCAGUUCCUGCGCGAGCGCCAGCUCAGGCUGCACACCGACAUGCACAAAGGCAUGGCACGUUACGUCUGCCCGGUCUGCGACCAGGGAACCUUCCUCAAACACGACCACGUCCGACACAUGAUCUCCCACCUGUCGGCGGGGGAAACCAUCUGCCAGGUGUGUUUCCAGAUCUUCCCCGGGGGAGAGCAGCUGGAGAAGCACAUGGAUGUCCACCUGUACAUCUGCGGCGUCUGUGGGGAGAAGUUCCGCCUCCGUAAAGACAUGAGGAGCCACUAUAACUCCAAGCACACCAAGAGACUAUAGGAACGAUCCAAACUGUCCUCUGCAUUUAUAUUAGUUUGUUACUAAAAAGCCAUAAAUGUGAGAACAAAUAUGCACUUGAACACCAAAAAGACAACUUUUUAAUCUGCACUUUCAAAGUAUAUGCAUAACCUAAACAAGCGUUCACACUGCGAGCAGCGGGACUGACGAUUGGCCGUCGAAGCAGUACGCAGUUUUUUACUUUGUGUCGACUUUGAUAAAAAGACGUUUAGCUAACAGGAGGAUGUGCGUCGCAUUCUCACAGGUGUCAUCAGAUGUUUCUUUCUCACCUGUUAAAAGUCAGUGUCAACAAACAAUCACAUCAGGCGGGAAACGAUCAAGUUUAGAAACAUGAGCUAACCAUCCUCGGCCUCCAUCAGCGGCAGACGCCCAUCACGGCUAACCGGCUGAACAGCUGAGUCGAUGCAGGUUACUAUUUGUAUAGAAGCCGGGAUCAUAUAUACAUGAUAUUUACACCUCAGGUAAUUCUGUAACAUCAAACAAGAAGAGAUGUAACAUCCAGAAUCUGACAUGAUGCUUAAAGCCGUCCAAAAACCUGAAGAAAUACGACUGAACUGAAAAAAAAGGAGCAGCUGGAACCAAUCAGCAAACUGAUUCAUGUUCUGACUAAUCGGUUAAUCAACGAGUCACGUUAGCAGCAGAACGUACCAAAGUCAGGUUGUCAGAUGAAGACAGACGAACUCCGGAGACGUUGAUGUGUUUUUCAGUUUGUGUCUGUUGACCUGAACCCCCCCCCCCUUAGGGUUAGGGUUAGGGUUAGGUCGUCUGGCUCGUGAUCGUGUUGCUCACAGUGUGAACGCAUCGUAAGACCGACCGUGACCUCCAAAUGAAAUCUCAGCCGAUGCGUCCGUAGAGUUACUCCCAUUAGUUUAACACCGUCCAGGCCGGAGGGACGAGCUUCAGAGUCAGAACAGAGGCGGCCUGAAAAUGACCGUCCUGCAUGUAGUGUGGUGAUAAAAGUUGAGGAGACGCCCACUUCAGUUUCUUUUUGGGGUGAACUGUCCGUCAAAGUGUCUGUCAGCAUUUCAGAGCGCUGUGACGCCUCAAGCUUUGGGCCAACGUUUUCGUAGAAUACUAAAGUCUCUGAAGACGAUCCGCGUUGAGUUUUUUAUGUUGUAGUUAGUGAGUGCAGUCGGUGGACAGAGACUGAUUCUGUGUUUGAGUUUGAUCGCACAUUGAUUCGUGCUCUUCUUUCCCUUCAGUUAUUGUUCGGCUCUGCGUUCACUGUGUCACGAGGACACCACACUCGCUGUCCGACAUGUCUGUGUUUGGUGCCUUUACUGUAACGGCGGUGCACACUAGCGGCGGUGCGACGUCUCCGUCUUUUCCCUUCCCGUCUUCUUCACAGUGAUGCGUGUUGGGGGAUGGACAGGCACAAGUGAGGCCCCCCCAUUUCAAAGUGAACAUUUGAACGUCAGAUUGUGAAAAAGACAGCAAAACACUAGCAGUGGUGUGUUCAUUGGAACCAGCAUGGCGUCCGUGUGCCGGACUGGACUGUGCUGGUUUUUAAGGCGGUAGGAUUCAUACACACUGAAACAGUCCCUUUAGAGGAAGGGGUCUCAGUUUGGACCUGUUUGUGGUGGGAAUGUGACCUUGAUCUAAAGUAAACUAUAAGGCAGAGCCUGCAGGUUUGAGCUAAAUGGUUCCUGUAGCCAGGUGUGCAAUGCAUGCUGGGAUAUGGAUCAGUGAAAUCAACAGUUGCUAACAGGAGAAUGAAUCCUGCACUAUCAAUAACACAUUACGUUCUCACCUGGCUUUUAGCGUAAAAAGAAACCAAACUAAGAGGAAAACAGAACAGGUUUACCAAGUCAGCCACCAGUUCAGACAAGAGCAAAACAACGUGUCCAAGGUUACACUUUGACUCAGUCUGUUACCUUAUAAAUCAUUUAAGUUGGUUUUUAUUGUUGUCGCACUCUGGCCGUUAUGUUCUCCACGCAAGACCAGAACCAAACAUUUCAGAUCCAGCUCACGCUUUUGAACAAAACUCAUCUAGAGUCACCUGAACUUGGUUGGAAGUUGCAAACUGAAUCAGGGGAAACGGUUCCAAACUGACCACAACUAGUUUAGAAGGUAAAGUGGUAAAACCAGCCUAAACCAGUUCAGAAGGGCUCAGGGUGUGUGUCCACUCAGCAGAGAGCAGCUUUUUUCAGAGCACACCCACUCUAAUCUGACUUCUCACUCACUGUCACUCCUUUUCAGGCAGCCAAUCAUAUAUUGUCACCCAGGCAACCAAGUAAAUGGAAGAAAAGCUUCAACCCUCUGGAGGACGGUUGCCCCAUCGUUAGCCUGAAGUAGGUCUGAAUCCGUACCCUGUCUCACUUUUGGACGAGGCGAUGUUCCCCGUAUCGUCCGUGGUGGACUGUGUCCUGCAGCCACAUCCUCCCAGCUCUACAGCUGUCAGAUCGACCAAUGACAGCAGGGAUGUCACAUUAUUAAAGCUCAUUCAUACAAAGUACGAAGGCAAGCGUCCUCAGGUUGGUACUUCAAACAAACAGAUACGGAGAAAAAGAAAGAUUUUAAAAGGUCGAUGUUAAUUUAUGGAACAACGGCUGUCAGAGUGGAAACAACAUGAAAAGUCCACCUAAAUCUGAACAAACCAGUUUUUUCAUAGAGCAGAAACGAGUUGGUAGACAAUCCAAAUCAGCUCUGAACCAUCUGAAACCACUUCAGACCUAAUUACAUCCAUCUACAACCAGUCUAAACCAGUUUCAGCCAAAUCCAGGUCUGUCAACCAGUAUAAACCAUUAUAAGACCCAGUUCAAAUCACUUCACACCAACCCAAACGAACUAAAACCCAUUCAGAAUCAUCCUAAACCUGUUCCAACAGUUAAGAACCAAACCAAACAGCUGAGAUCCACCUGAACCCCUUUCCAGAAACAACCUCAUCAGUUACAUUAAAAUAGUUGGAAACCAGUUCUGAAGUAGUUUUGAAUCGGCCUAAACCAGUUCAGACACAACUCAGAUAUUUCAAAACAAAGAUAAACCUUCCUGAACCAGUUCAGAAGCAGCCCAGACCAGUUCUGACCCUGUUUGUCCAUGUCAUCUUGCUUGUUGUCCAUUCAGUUAUUUCAACAGUGUUUUGGUGAGAACGCUGCUGUCUUGGUGUCAUCGACUGUUUUUCUUGGUUGGUUCAAAGUUCAUUUAAUUUAUGAGGACUGGAGAGAAACUUUCUUCAGACUUCAUUGAUGAGGCCAAGAGUUGCUGAGAUCUGACGCACAUCUCCAGUGUGUUCACACGUGGACUUGAUGCAUGUUUAAUGAUGCCUUAAACCAGUUCAGGUCAGACUAAACCAGUUUAAUGAGAGGACACUUUGAUACAGAACCGGCUCAACCAGAUCUGAACUGCAACCCUGUUUCCCAAACAGGUGGGAUUCUGGGUAAACCAUGACAGUGAACGUGAUCACCUGCUGAUCCUUUCUGACAGAAACUGACCUGAAAACAGCACAAAGUCAAUAUAUUUACUGUCUGAGCUCAUCAGCUUCAUUGAUUUCUGUAAAUAUCUGCUGAUUCUGGAUCUGAUG